AUGGCCAGCACAAGCACGAGCUUGACAACCCUAUCUAUAACCCCCGAUCCUAGCUUUAACUGGUUCUUCCUCCUUGAGCUUAUCGUAUCUUGCAUCUUGGUGCUGUUUUUCCUGCUCUACUUUAAUCGUCUCUUCGCAACUCUCCUAUCGUACGCUAUCCGCGCCUAUACUUGGCACUACUAUCGCGCAUAUGUCGACAUUCAUGCGCUCCAGAUCUCGCUACUCGGAGGUAGGAUCUUCUGGAAAGGUAUCCGAUACCACGGGGUGAACGAGACCAUCUUUGUGCACGGAGGAUUCAUAACAUGGCAUUAUUGGAAGCGUACAGUCAGAAAGACUGAUCUGUCCUUGCUGAGUUCGCGCAAUGAAAGGACGCCGGCCGGAUCUCAACGCCCCGAUACUCCGAGCUUAGACAAGGCUAGCAGGGACAAUGGCGAAGGUGAACAGGGAGGCCAGAAAGGAGCGGGCAACCUUCCCUGUCGUAUUACAAUUCAGUUCUACGGUCUAGAGUGGUUUAUAUACAACCGGACGCCGGCCUACGACAGUAUUCUUGCCGGGUUUGGCCAACCUGUUGACUGCGAUGAUCCGACAGCUCCGCCGAGUCCUACCAAACCGCAAGGAACAGGAAGAGAUUCGUCGGAGCCGCGAUUGAAGGAAACCAAUCAGGCAAAUGGCACGGAAAGGAGAGAGUCACAAAAUGUGGCUGAACCUGCACAAGAGAUAGGGGAGAGUCUGUCGAGGCUGCUCCGACUCCUGCCACUCAAAAUCGCGUGCGAUAAGGGGGCCAUUGUCAUUGGAAAUGAAAACACAAGAUCAGUCUUGACCACCACCUUUGACAGUGGAACUGGUCUCAUAGAAGCCUGCAAUGCCAGCCCGUACGAUCUUUACCGGCAGGUCUUUUCUUUUCAGAUCAACCAUCCUGUUAUACAAAUGCGGCCCAACCCAGAUUACAAGCAGAGUCAGCUCGCUGCUGCUGAUGGACUAAGUUCAAAAAUUGAUGACAAAACAGGCAGGCAGCGCAAAAGAGACACCAUUUUUAAUUACCAAUUCCAGAAACGACGGGCAUGGCACAGUAUACGGGACCUCAUUCCCUACUUCCAGACUUCAGUCGAGUCAUUUCAUAAUCACAACAAAAACAUAAACGCGCCUAGAAACCAGACAGGCGCUCGGAACGAUGCCCGUUGGGUUGGUCUAUCCCGGUAUCUGGACGAUAGUACGCAAGACGACCAUGAAGAAUGGCAUUCUGUUGAGUAUGGAAGAUUCUCAACACUUGUUGAUAGCCCGAGCAUGGCCAUCUCCUACUAUUGGGAUAUUCCCGGAUGCGUUGUGCCUCACCAAGACCCAUGGAAGAUGUCAAUUUCUGCGGCGUCCUCAGACAUAAAUGGUGCGCCACCACCAGAAUGGGGCAUCGACAUCAAGUUGGAUGGGGGAACUAUCAACUACGGGCCUUGGGCCGAUAGGGAGCGUGUCGGCUUGCAGAACGUGUUUUUCCCGAACACCUACCGCAGCUCCCAGACCUCCGAACCAUUAGCCCCUGGUGACCUAAGAAGAAACACAGUCUUCAAAAUGAGACUGGAGAUGAGCCAAGAGACAACCUUGCGCAUCCCGACGAGGGAGCCUUCAAAAGACUGGCUGUGGAAAGGCCGAGCUGAUGCAAUCAGAGGAGCUCCGAAACUAAAGAAGCAACAAAAGAGAAGACAAUCGCGCCCUACGGAAGGUGAUAAAAGUAACCUUGGCCCUGACAUCCGUCCAUUUGGUUGGCUGUCUCUCCGCGUCGCUGGUGACUCCACCGUCACUUAUACUAUGGACAUGGUGGCCUCGACUACAAGCGGAUUCAACAAUUUACUCGAUCUGGAUCUUCGAGAUUCAAGACUGUCCUCCAGUGUCAACCAUGCAUUGCUGUGGCAAUGUCCUAGGCAGCUUGUCACCUGCGAUCUCUCUAACCCCCUUUCCUGGAACAGUCUUCGUACAUGGAACUUCGAUGUUGAGAGUCAUAACAUGGAGCUGUUUUUGUUGCGCGAUCACAUAUUCCUUCUUACUGAUCUCGUGAGUGAUUGGGCCUCUGGGCCCCCACAGGAAUACUUCAUUUUCGUGCCAUUUACCUAUACUCUCAACUUGUCCUUCGUCGAUUUCAAGCUUUUUCUUAACGUCAACGACCUCAACAUCAUAAGCAAUCCCUCCGACCUAGAUGACAACCGGAUGCUGGUUAUCAAGGGCAAGAAGCUGACAUCUGAUAUCUUGAUUCCUUUGACAACAUACAAGCCCGAGCAAAGCGCCGUCAAAUUCAACGUUUAUCUCGACGGUGGUGGAAUAGACUUCUUGUCACCGCAGUGGGAUACUCUGCACACAUUUCUGCAAGAUCGAUCAAUUGCCACGCUCGAUGGUCUUUCCCUCGGAGGCUCAUACAAUUAUUACCUUUCAACAGCGCCAGAUCUCACCGACACUUUGUUGCUCAGUAUUGAUGGUGUUUCACCUAAGCUCUAUCUAUAUGGAUUCUUGAUCAAAAGUUUCAUGACGAUAAGGGAAAAUUAUUUCGGAGAAGAAAUGCAUUUCAAAACGCUUGAAGAAUUUCAAGAACUGGCAUACUCCGAGGACCGAGUUAAUUUUCACAAUGGAAUUAAUCCGAACCGAAAGUCGAAUGACCUCGAUGUUAUCGUUCAUGUGGCCGUUGAUGAUGCUUGUGCCCUUCUGCCGGAGAAUAUUUAUGAUCGCUUGAAAUGCGUUAGGCUCACAGCUCCCUCCUUGGAGGUUGACUUGCGGUUUACCAACUACUACAUGGAUCUUCAAUUCUCAAUUUCACCCCUGAAAGCAGCUCUGCAGGUGCAUAUGGCUGAAGGACCAGGCAUCAUAUCUGAUCCGCAGCUGUUCCUUGACGGAGCUUUCAUCCACGGGCAUCGACUAUUUGGCCUGCCUCCUUCGGAACCGACCUAUGUUUGCAACUGGGACUUUGAAGUAGGGCAAAUCCUUGGCGAAUGUUCGGCGGAAUUCUUGGGCUGCUUAGCUGCAGCUUUACAGAGCUUCGAUCAGUCUUUCGAUAACGAAGAAAAUGCUCUUCCGCCGUUGGUUCCCAUUGCGCUCCAUGAUGUCACCUUCCUUCGUGCCAAAAUCCAACCAAUUCAUAUUUCGGUGUUGUCAGACCAAGCGGUGUUGAUGCUCAGCUCAGGGCCUAUCACAACUAACUUCAACGACUGGGCAAAUGCAUCAUUUUCAAAACGCAUGAGCCUUCUUGUACCCGAUCUCUCCAUCGCUGCAGUUAACUGCGGGGACAUUGACCCGAAAGGAAGUUCGCCGCCGGCAGAUGUAUCUCCCCUUGCGCUUUUUCAGACAACGGUCAAACUCAGAAUGGCACAGCGGAGGGCUGAUAUCAACGACGGUAGGAAAUUGCAACAAGAACACAUCGGCGUGCACGACCAGAGGACUCAAAGAACGCCAUGGCUCAUGUUUGAUUGGGAGGAUCUUGGCCCUAGUUCGUUUCGCACUCCAAAUGAUCAACUUGCUCCUCCAACAAUUGCCAUACCUUCCAUGCCGGAGCCUAUUAUUAAGCAACCUCAUAUGUUAUCCUCCUCAGUGGACAGUCUCUCCGAUUCCAGGAGCCAGCAAAGCUCAAGGAGCUUCGUCUUGCCUUCAGAUAGUUCGAGCGUUAGAAGUGGGAGAGGACGAACGAGGCGCAAGAAUAGGUCUUUACGAAAUCAACACGAAAUAGGGAGCGAUCGAAAACUCGAGCAAUGGAUUGAUAAGGAUGCUCGAGACAUAUCAACAUACUGCGAGGCCAGGGAAUUUCUGAGGGCGCUCUAUACAACAAAGAGCACCGAGUCCUCGAGUGCCUGGACAAUUCCCAAAUUCUCUCUUCACAAGAUCUCCUUAGAUAGUUCGCAGCUUCCCACAAGACGAAUUUCAGAUGGGGAUGUUUCUCGAGAUGGAGAGUUCGUUGCAAAAUUCGAUCCUCUAUUCUCACCGUUCGACGAGGACAGAGUAACUCACACGAAUUUUUUAUGCGAGUUGCCCUCAGGAAUUAGAGGCGCUUGCUCACCUGAGUUCCUAUUCCUGCUAUCAUCGUUGAUCGAGCAACUGCAACCAAGUCACCCGAUUGAGAUAAUCGAUUCGCUGCAGAAAGAAGUCAUAUCCGACAUUGUUGGUUAUGAUAAGUCAAUGAAACAACCGAAAAAAUCCACAAGCUUUGCGAUUCGGGCCCCAUUCAUAGUUGCGAAAAUGGUCAACGCUUCUGACUCCUCUGUGAAACAUGAAGUUGGGUUUCGAGAUGAGUACAGCAUCGAGAUUUCCAACCUAAGGACAGAAUUUCGAACGAGGAUUGAAAGACAGAAAGGCGAUCUUCUAGCCGGAAUCAAUAAAAAAUUCACCGCCCAUGCUGCAGCCCAGAGUCUCACGGUAUUUGUCGAGGGCGGCCGCUCGGAUGCGUUUCAGGAGAAAGCUGGGUUCAAAUGCCUUCUUAGCGACUUGAACUUUUGGCUGGUGACAGCACCCAUCACCAGAUCUAGCUUUCAGAUUCGUGCCUUUGAUACCGUCAGCUCCACGAAAUCGGUGGAGCAACUUGCUGUCCUCGUUCGUCGGGCAACAACUAUGUUUGAUACUGUGGCCUCAUAUUUUGAACAUAGCUCCUCUGUUGGCAGCAAGCGACUUCGCUUUCUAAUAUAUUCCCUUACCCCAUCGGCGGGAGCCAUCCCGGACCCUGCGUUCCUCACUCGCAUUUCGCAUGUUCUUAGGGUUGCUCCCACUCAUUUACGACAGCACGAUUCAUGGAAAAUCAUUUCUCGGAUUCGCAAUGUCUACAAUCAUCUACCAGUACAUCAACAGCGAGACUUGGUUUUGAAAUGCUCGAGCGACAAUAUCUCGAUUCCUGAUAACGCGGAGGCUACUGUAUUGUCAGGUUUCGACCAGUGGCGUGCCUGGGACUUGGCACAUGUACAGAAGAGUUAUGUGAUGCGAAAGAUCUGGAACACAUCAGAGCCGGAGCUGUCAGAUACACCGACAGCAAUAGCAUCGUCCCUUACAGUCAGAAACUUUCGCUUCACCAUUGAUCCUGGACCGAAAGAGAGUGACUUUGUCGUUGAGCAUUUGUCAUCUGCGUUGUCUAUCAGCCCGCAGCAGGGCUUGCCCGUUUUACUUGACAAGAAAUCGAAGAGCGUGGUCGUCUCGCAGACUUAUUGCUCAUCUGUUGGCCUCCACCUGCGGUGGGAAAUUCUCGAUCUUGUUGAUGGUGUGUUAAAGAUGUUGUCUUCGGUCAAACGAGAGUCGGCAUCUUCUGCUCAGGCAUCCAAUGAUCGACCCUUGAAAGACAACGAGCUACAACUCAUUUUCGGGGUUGGCUCCGGUUCCAUAACACUGGACGGCAUCAACGUCAAACUAGCAAUGCAUAGCAGGGCCCUGAGGAGCUCGAUCGUCCGCAAAUCAAAUGAGGCGGAGAAGCCCGAGGCCCUAAGUGUAUUACUCAGUGCUCAGAUGUGCUCCGCUGAACUAUCUAGUCUUUCCAAGGCUCUGAUGGCUUGGAACAUCAGCGAUCCGUAUAUAUACUCUUCGCGCAUCACGGAAGAGAAAAGGAAGGAACUGACUCACCACUGGAAGAUUGCUGGGGCUUGCAGGAAGCUGCGAUAUGAUAUGAAAGAAGAUCCCGUGAGCCUCGCGCACACAGCGGAUCGAGUGAUAGCUGAUGAGGUCCGGUACUUUCAUCGGCUUGCUAAGAACCUCGGUGACUCUCGGCCGGGCACGAGCACGGUGGUGGAGAAAUCAGCUUCCAAUAGCUUUCAUGUCGCAAUGUUCUUGGACGAUUAUCGGCUGAGUUUCUGUAUUCUACCCUCUUUGACCUACGCAAUUGCUGGCAAGGUGGCACGAAUGUCAGUCAUGCCCAGGACGGAAACCAAGAUCGAGGUCGAUUUCGACCUCAAGAAGAAUUCUCACACCUUCUACUCGAAUGAAGGGGACGGGCGCCGCGCUUUGUCGCAAUUAGAGAUACCACCCAUCAAUGGGCGGGUUAUGGUCAACAUGCCGUCCAGCGGCAUGGAGGUGGACGUCGAUACAACUAUUGAACUUAUUCAGUUGGAGGCAAGUGCUGUGCGGAGUCUCCUGGGUACUUUAACAAAACCCGAAGUUUCCCACUUGGUGUCGGAUCUUAAGCAGAAUGCCGAAGUCUUGCAGCUGCAUCUCGAAGAAGUUCUGGCUCUCAAUAAAUCUUCUCACCAAAAAGAAGCGCUUUCUGCCGAGCGUGGUCUCCUCUACAGGGCUCGUUUAUCCAUGGCAGGAACGAAAAUUCAUGCUACUGCUCCAGGUCUCAAUGGUAAGGAAUACUCCGCUGAUAUGGACUUGAAUUUGGGAAUGAUACGCAUGCGACUCGACAAUGGGUUGGACCAAGGGCGUCCGAUGGAGUUCCCGGAAUUUAAUAUCGACGCUUCGAAUAUCCUCUUUGAUUUGAAGAAACGUGAAGCAUCUCAAACUCGUUCGUUCUGCAGUAUUGCUGUGGAAGCUAAACUUCAGGGGACGUCCGUGACACGUGAAGAUGGGGAGGCCAGGCGAGCGUAUCAUCUGAACAGCAAGAGGUUCGACAUCGAGCUCUUUUCCGAAACGGCAGCCCUGGUUGUUGAUAUUGCUAGCCAUCUUCAGGAUCGCAUCAAGACCCUCGACUUAUCUCACGAGGUCAAGCGACUGAGAAAAUUACGCCGCCGUGGCCAUGCAGAGUUGACCGCUCAAGCCCCGGAGAUCCCAAAGAUCAAGAUCAGCGAUGAGACAAUUCCAAAUGACUUAUUCAGGGACAUGUAUUCAUUGGAUUUGAACAAUAUUCAGAUCGGAUGGAACAUGUCCACCUUGCCGCAGCAUAGAUCGGGGCGCAGGCCUGAUGAUCUGGUUUUCAGUAUCAAGCGCGUGGAUCUGUCAAAUAGCAGAACCAAUGCCGCCAAGCUUCGAAUUGAAGGCAUGCAAUUACAGAUGGUGCCAGCUUCUGGGGAUCGGCGGAAGCGUUCGCUUAACUCCGCGCUCAUGCCUGAAUUGGUGUUCAAUGUGGCAUAUUCUUCAAACGAAACGGAGAUUCUGCUGGCCCUCCAGGCCGCUGGAAAGUCGCUCGACGUGCGAGCAACAUCUGACUUCAUCCUCCCAGCCAGCAUGAUACGGGAUUCAAUCGCUUCUGCUAGCCAAAUUAUACGUGACGCGGAUUCUGUCUUGGUUGCGAAGCCAAACGUCGAAAGCAACAAGCAGCGUUCUCUCUUCGGAAACAAACGUCUACGCUCCGUACUAGUAGACGUUGACUUUGCGGGAGCUAUUCUGUCUCUUCAGAGCAAAUCCACCGACGACCAACGGACAUUGCUGACUGCAUCUUGGACGGGAAGUCGCCGGCCGGAAGCUAAGUAUGGGCAGUACGUCCAUGGAGAUGCAGCAACCACUGCGACACUCAGAGCCCCUGGGGUGGCGGUCAAGGUUCAAUUUGAGGACAAUGGCAAGGAUGUGUCCGCGUUGAACGCUGAAUUAAAGAUUGAUGCCUCGACAAAUGUCCUAUACCCGUCGCUUGUUCCUGUAAUAAAGCAGAUGACCGCCGCCAUCAAGGAGGUCAUGGAAGGCCACGACAAGCCAAGGAAACCAUCCAGUGCCGCCAUGUUACAGCCGCAGAAACUAAUGCAGGAGACCCCGUUUGACACGAAAGAUGCGGCCUCGAUUCUUGGCCGUUGCAAGGUGAAUGUCGGGGUUUUGAUUCACAAACAGGAGUUCAGCCUUAGCUGCCAGCCCAUCGCUAGAGUAGCGGCCACGGCAGGCUUCGAGAGCGUCUACAUAACGGUCAACACGGUGCAAUCCGAUGAGCAGGGACGAUUCUUGGCGCUUCUGGUAGCUUUCAAUUCCUUGCAGGCAUCAGUCAAGCAUGUGUACUCAAACGAGUCGACUGCGAGCUUUGACGUGAAGUCCAUCGUCAUGUCUCUCAUGAAUAGCAAACAUCUGGGCAGUUCGAAAGGCAUUUCGGUUGUGCUUCGAGUCAGUCCGAUGCAAGUGACGCUUAACGCAAAGCAAGUUCAAGACCUUCUCCUCUUCCGUGAAAUCUGGGUUCCUUCCAACGAAGAGACGAAAGGCGGCAGGACAUUUCAGCCGGAGUCAAACGAGCCUCAGGCUUACAUCGUCCAGCGUUACCAACAAGUGGCAGCAGCGCCAGCAUUUCCGUGGAAUAGUGCGGUUGCGAUUGAGAAGCUAGAGAUUCAGCUCGAUCUGGGCUCUACGCUUGGAAAGGCACAGUUUGCAGUCAACGAUUUGUGGCUGUCGUCGAGGAAGACAUCUGAUCGAGAACAAUCACUCAGCAUUGGUUUCAAGUCUACUGAGAUAGAAAGUAAAGGCCGGAUGAGCGGGUCGGUCGAGCUCCAGACACUGAAGAUUCGCACAUCCAUUCAAUGGCCGGACGAGAAGCCCAAUGUGCAUUCUGUUCCACUCAUUCAGGCCUCCAUCUCUUUCCAACAGCUGCAAGCCAAGGUCUCUUUCGAUUACCAACCGUUCCUGGUCGCCAAUAUCUCAAUGUUCGAUUUCCUAAUGUACAAUGUCCGAGGCGGCAAUGGUGCGCCUAAACAGCGGCUCUUCAGCAUUCUAGAAGGAGAUAAAGUGCAAGUAUUCUGUACUAGCUUGACUGCGUCGCAAUGUCUGGCGCUGAUCCAAGGCUGGCAGCGGCUGGCCCAAGACAAGCAAGCAGCGUACGAAGCAUCACUGCGCGAAGUCGAGAGAUACCUGCGCAGGAGGACAUCGGUGUUUACGGAGAAAAUAGAACCCCAAGCCAAGGAGUUGGCCAAGAAGGCGAAAGACACCAACGCUGAGAAGGCGCCUAUAUCUCUCAACACUGGGGUUGUCGUGAGCAUCACCGACGUCAAUCUCGGUGUUUUCCCGAGCUCUUUCUUCGAUAACCAGAUUUUCAAACUUGAGGCACACGAUGCACAGGCACGGUUCUAUGUCUCGCUCAAGGAGGGCAAGAUACAUAGUGCGCUUGGGCUCACACUGGGCCAGCUGCGUGUCGCUCUUUCGGCCGUCAACCGUCCCACAUCUACGGAUACUGAGGAUCUCCUAGUCAAUGAGAUAGUCAGUCGCGCCAUAGGGUCUCGCGGAGGAACGAUCCUCAAAGUGCCUCGGCUUAUGGCUAGUAUGGAGACUUGGCAGACCCCGGGCCUUCCACAGAUAGAGUACAUCUUCCGCAGUACUUUCGAAGGCAAGGUGGAUGUCGGAUGGAACUAUUCGCGCAUCAGUUUCAUUCGGGACAUGUGGGAACGCCAUUCCCGUGCGUUGACGUCUCGACUCGGCAAGCCGCUGCAGCCGUCGGCGGUUCGCAUCACUCGAGGACCGGGGCCGGAGGGAGAGGGGGAUAAGCAAGAGGAGAAGAUUACAGCGGUGGUCAAUGUACCCCAGUCCAAGUACACAUAUACGGCCUUGGAACCACCAGUGAUCGAAACGCCCCAGCUACGGGAUAUGGGCGAGGCCACCCCACCGUUGGAGUGGAUUGGGCUCCAACGGGACAAGCUGCCCAACAUCACGCAUCAGAUCGUUAUUGUGACGUUGUUGGAGAUUGCAAAAGAAGUGGAGGAUGCAUACGCGAAGAUUUUGGGAUCGUCAUGA